AUGAGUGCUCCCGCCCCCACGACGGAAGUGCAGCCCCGCUUCCAGCAACUAUUCACGGAGCUGGAGAACCGCUUCAAAACCACGACCCUGGGCAGCGACAAAUGGUACAUUCUCGCCACGGCCACCCUAGCCGCAAGCCCAGACCCGGAGCGCGCAGACCAGCUAUAUUUGCAUCUCUGCAGCCAACCCGAUUACUCAACCGCGCCCGCCCGCCAAGCGCUAGUUCGCCGGCUGCGCGAGGCACUCAUCAAAGCCGUCCCAAUUGUCGGCGUCUGCAAGCCCAUUGAAGCCAUCUUGUCCAUCGGCAAGGUCGAGCGCGACGAGGACAAGGAUUACACCUCCACGCGUGAGGGCUGGCAAUGCGACCAAGCCAACCAUGACCGCGGCACGGCAUGGAUGCAGAAGCUGUACGCGCGCAACACCAGCGGUACCUUGAAUUUGUUUGCUGCGCAUAAAGAUUUCUCUUGGUUGUCGGAGGAGAUUACUUACGGGCUGUUCCUGUCGGAUCGUCAGGUGUUGGAUGAUGUGGACACUCAGCUCGUUGUUCUUCCCGGUAUCAUGAGCCAGAAUCUGCCUAAUGAGACGCACUGGCAUAUUCGUGGAACGAGGCGUUUGGGUGUUCCUAAAGAGGAGGUGCAAGUGAUUUGGGACUGUGUGAAGCUUGUGGCGCAGUUCUUCGAUGUUCAGUUGAAUAAGGUGCCCACUGUUGAACAGGUGGAGUAUGAUGUCUAG